CUUCUCAUCAACCCCACGACGCAGCUGAAUGGCAUCGCCGUCAUCCCAUCCAAGACUGCUGGUAACACAGACAGUCGCCGCACCGUCGCCCUCCACUCAUUACAAACCCGAAGUGGCUCCGGUUCACAGAAGCCAUCCGAGUCUCGCCUCCAGCAACUCUCAAUAACUCUCUCUACCCGGCAUCACUAUCCAGAUGGCCAUUGCCGGCCUGAUCCUGGUGCCGAGGGCCUGUCUUAUGAGACAUGAAACAAGUAGAACGGUGGCUUCUGCGUGGCUUCUACCAGUGUCGACAACUCACAUGUCUGAAACAGAGGCCGGGCUAUGUCCAACCCAGCCCAACUUCAGGGUCCGCACCGGUCCCGAGUGGCUCCCCGGUCGGCGACUUCCGGCCCCGAUCGUGUUGAGAAUACCUUUUCUCCCCGACUGCCACUGCAAGUGCAAGGCCGCCCAUCGUCGUUUCCCCUACAACGUCGCUAAGGGCUUUGGUUUUCCGAGCUGCGGGCCCACGGCCUUAUGUCCAUCUGCAGCUCCGUCAUGGGCUUAUCCGCCAGCAAGCUGCUGCUUUGCAUGGUGCUUGCCCAGCCCUCCUCCUCUUCACUAUGAGAUGGCAUCCUCCUUGGCCCUUGUCAUUUAUUUACAGCCAGCGCACCCUCCUCUUAUUGGAGGCCCUCGAUAUCCUCGCCAUGCGUUGCCCACUUUCAUGGGUAAGACAGGCAUCGUCGUGCCGCAUCACUACAUCUCAAUGCCCGUUGGACCAGUCAGCAGCUGCGUCACAAUUCGCUCCUCGAUCCUGCACCCAACCGUGCCCGACGACCUGAGCAGCCACGGCAAUAGCAUCGGAUUCCUUCCAGCUUAUUAUCCCAAAGAGAAUUAUCUCCAUCCUGCGGGACCUCUGCCGUGUUAUCGUAGCUCUCCAGAAGGCUGAUGCUCCUCGCUUAGCCUCAUCUGAUUGACCGAGCCUCGUGGCUGGUUCACCCCCGGAAUGGCGAAGUCACCCUCACUGAGUGCUGACAGGCAGACGCAGACCUAUUUUCCAAAUC